AUGUCUACAACGCUGGUGGCGUGUGGGAAAGUAGCCUCAAGCUCCAGGCUUCUGCUGCGCUGUCAGUCGACGCUGUCGUCGUCUUUACAGAGAAUGCACGCCGAUCUAAAAAGCGAUGAGCUUUUGCCAGGAAAUACACCGGACUACGUGCGUUUAAUCCUUCGGUCGUCGGUGUAUGACGUUAUUGAGGAGUCCCCUGUGACGCGAGGCAUUGGUCUGUCGUCCCGUUUAAAUACCAAUGUUCAUCUAAAGAGGGAAGACCUACUGCCGGUUUUCUCUUUCAAGUUGAGAGGAGCCUACAACAUGAUGGCUAAAAUAGCAGAAAAGUCUAACAGCAAUCAGGGUGUUAUUGCCUGCUCGGCAGGAAACCACGCCCAAGGUGUGGCUUGGGCGUCCAGACACUUAAACAUGCCUGCAAUCAUUGUAAUGCCCGUUAACACCCCAUCGAUCAAGUAUCAAAACGUUUCUAGACUUGGCGGACAAGUGGUUUUAUUCGGAAACGAUUUUGACGAAGCCAAAAUCGAAUGUGCCAGAAUUGCUGAGGAAAGAGGUCUUGUCAACAUUCCACCUUUCGAUCAUCCCUACGUCAUCGCAGGUCAAGGAACUGUGGCGAUGGAGAUUCUGAGACAAGUGCACAAUGCUUCUAAGAUAAGCGCGGUUUUUGUUCCCGUAGGUGGCGGUGGUUUGAUUUCCGGUGUUGCAGCGUACAUCAAGAGAAUUGCACCUCACAUCAAGGUCGUGGCCGUUGAAACCUACGACGCUGCCACUCUAAAGACCUCUUUGGACAAUGGCCGCAGGACUCUACUCGAGCAGGUGGGAACUUUUGCAGAUGGUACCUCGGUGCGUAUGAUUGGUGAGGAAACCUUCCGUCUCUGCCAAGAGCUCGUCGAUGAGACUGUGUUGGUCAAUACGGAUGAGAUCUGUGCUGCCGUGAAGGACAUUUUUGAGGACACCAGAAGCAUUGUCGAACCCUCUGGUGCUUUGGCAGUGGCAGGUCUCAAGAAGUACAUCACACAACUCCAUCCUGACGUUGACCACUCCAAAAAGUCCUACGUGCCAAUCUUGUCUGGCGCCAACAUGAACUUUGACAGAUUAAGAUUCGUUUCCGAGCGUGCUGUUCUCGGUGAGGGCAAAGAAGUGUUCAUGCUAGUGACCAUCCCAGACAUUCCUGGCUCGUUCAAAAAACUGCAAAGAGUCAUUCAUCCAAGAGCCGUUACGGAAUUCUCGUACCGUUUUAACGAGCAUGACACAUCUUCGGGUACUCCAAAGGCCUACAUCUACACGUCUUUCAGCGUCGUCAACCGUGAAAAGGAGAUUAACCAGGUUCUACAGCAGCUACACAAGCUGGGCUUCGAGGCUGUCGAUAUCUCUGACAACGAAAUGGCAAAGAGCCACGGUAGAUACCUUGUUGGAGGUGCCUCCCGGGUCGACAACGAGAAAGUCAUAUCUUUUGAAUUCCCAGAGCGUCCUGGCGCUCUUACAAAGUUUUUGGACGGUAUGAGCGAGUCCUGGAAUCUGACUCUAUUCCACUACAGAAACAAUGGCUCGGACAUUGGUAAGGUUUUGGCAGGUAUCUCAGUUCCUCCUCAAGACGAACAGGUUUUCCAAAACUUCUUGAACGACUUGGGCUACAGAUAUCAGGACGAAACUGAAAACAUGGUCUACCAGAAAUUUUUGAAGUUUUAA